AUGAAGAACCAGGAUCAAAUUGUGAAAAACCUACUAGCAGAUUUUGGUGUAGUUCUCGAAAAAGCAGACACGCUUGAAGUCACCAAACAAGAUGUCGUUCCCGAAAAAUUUCUUGAAAAGUCGCCUGAGUUGAUCCUUGAGUCUUUACGCAAGCAUCUGGAAAGUCACCCCAACGCAAAGAAAACUUCUAUCAGACACAAACUCGACCAACUGAAAUAUACCUCGCCGUACCAGAUUUAUCAUGAUAUUGUUGUUGCCUGUACUCUGGAAAUAUCAAAGCACGAGAUAGGCACUGCUGAUUACAAAAGUAUUGAUUAUUUCUACAAGUUUGUGACUGAGCUCUUGCUAAGAGAAACUGGGCGUUUGGGCUUACAGAUAAAUAAAGAUGAUGAUGAUGUCAGUGAGGACCCCGAAGAUGUACUCAACAUUUUGCGUGAAAACUUCGACAAAAUCUCUAAGAGCUACACCGUUGCUAAUGGCGAAACAAUUGUUUAUAUGAAUAAGGUUGAGGAGCCUCCAACUCCCGCCUACCACAGUCUUUACACGGGCCAGCCUCAACCUCCAUCGGAACCGAAGUUCAAGACACAGCCGCUCUUCUCUAGUUUAACGGGUAAAUCCGCACUUGAUACAAGGAAUACAAUUGUUCCCGACCCAUAUCAUUUGGCUAAAGUUGUGGGCUCGACGAAGUCUAUCAUCACCAAUACGGAAAGUUUGAAGAGUUUCGGUAAUCCUACACUUAGAACUCCAGCAGCAGGGCAUACUGGCGGUCAGGUUUUGGAUAACUUUUUUCAUCCCAACUGGUAUACGCUAGAAGCUCCAAGCUGGUUGAUAUACAAGCAGAAGGCUCUCAAGCCACCUGUGGAGUCCACGUUAGUCAAGGAGACUUUCGACAACGAGUUACGUACGUUCGAGAGAGUAUCCCAAACCAUCAGAUCUUUCGGGCCCACCACUGAUCUGAGAAAGUCUGUUUUGAGCUCGGAACUCAGAAACUCUGUCUGGUUUAAUCACUUCGGCCUCAAGAAAUUGGAUGCGAUAAAGCAAGCGUACUACGGACCAAAAGAGAAAUCCAAGUCAAUCAGUGAAACAUCUAGAGAAAUUCAAAACGCUGAGGAUGCUAUGGAUGAGGACCGUAUAACAGACCUGAUUAUACCAGAGGCUAACGGCAAUGAUAUUGCUCGUAGCGUUGAACCAGUUUUUAAAUCGGGCGAAAUCAAGCUCGAAAAUCUCGUGUACUAUAGACCUGAAGUUGCGUCAAUGAUAGAGGAGUUGAAAAAAGAUAAGGACAUAAUCAAGAGGUCGCCCUCGAAGAUCCAAAAGUUGAUAUCCUUUGAUCUUUUGAGACUAAACAAGUUACGCCAAGUGAGAUUUUCCCAGCAGUCUGCUGCGAAUAAAAACACUCCAACAACUGCUGAAGUUGUCCUUUACAAAAAAAUUAUGAAGCUUCUCACUAUCCUUCUUCAAUCGAAUGUCGGUCAGGACCAGUCAUUCACGCAUGAGGUAAGUAAAAAGAUUCCUGUUCUUCUCAAUGAGUACCCAGGUGUUUUGCCAGGGCAUAUGCCUUCUUCUUCAUCUGCAAUGCACAAGACAGCUAGACUAGCGGGUGUUAGAGGGCCCUACAAAAAAAAGAAGGGUUUCAUGUAA